AUGCCGGGCGGACGGCCUCGAAUGGACCUGACCCAACACAGAGACUACAUCCUCGAACAGAAGAACGCUGGCAAACCUCACGACUCAAUCCGAAAGGACCUCGAAACGGAACACGGCAUCAAGAUCAGCUCCAGCACCUUCAAACGCAAACUCGCCGAAUGGAGCGUCAGAACGAACCGAAAGAAGUUGGAGGACUCAGAGGAGCUGCGCGCGCGAGUUGCGCAUUGCUUCCACGAACUACGCCUCACCGACGAUCAAACGUACAAGAAGCUCGAGGAAGAGGGAUUCAGUAUUGGGAAGUCGCGGCUGGCAAGGUUCAGAAAGGAGAUGGGCCUGUUCAAGAGGUGCCCUGCAGCAGAUAGUGAGCUUGCUGAGGGUGCCAUUGCGAAAGCGCUGCUGCAGGAGAUUAAGAAUGGUGGCAUUGAGCAGAUGGGCCGGAGGAAGCUGUACGAGUACUUGAGGGCCAAGUAUAAUGUGGUGGGACGGUAA